UGUAGCUUUGCGCAGAAAUAUUAGCGCAUCUUCGUCUAGAAGGUAUUAUUAAGCGAGAAUGUUUGGAACAAACAUAGAGUGCAUGGAUAUCGUUCUAAUAUGAUUUUGUGGAAUAAUAUAAAUAAUAUUCAUUUAAGUGGUAUAUGUUUAUUGAAUAAACAGUUUUAAUACUCAAAAUUAUGGCUUGUUAAGCUAAGAGUAGUCUGUUAAUAUAAAAUAAUAUAAAACAGAUAUACUCGGUAUAAUCAAUAUAAACAGGUUAAACACGACAAUAGUAACAUUCGUUUAUGCAAGUCUGAUUUUUCAUUCGAAGUUAAUAUAUUAUAAAAAAAUUGAAACACGAAUAUUAACUGGACAUUCAAGUAAUUAUCUUGUAUGUGAGUUCUCCAAAAAUUUAAUUUUAUUUAAAAAAUAGAUUAAAUAUACUGAAUAUACUGAAUAUACUGAUUAAAUAUACUGAAUUUACAGCAAGUGGAAAAAUUUUUUUAUAGCUUAUGCAAAUGUUUUAUAAAAGAUAAAAACAUUAUUUAUUGUUUAUAAUAUUAUUUAUAAAAACAAUAUUAUAUUAUUUGUGACUAUUAACAAAUUUCUACUACUCAAUGAUGGAAAAUAAUAUGACAGAAGAACAAAAAAGAUUUUUAGAAGAAUGUGAAAUUGAAUUUAAAGAUCGUUUUACUGAAAACGAUAUUGAAUUCAUGAAAAUUAAAAGAGCAAUACCAAAGAAACCACCAAUUGUAGAUCCAUGGUACAAUAAACCACGUAAGCAACCGUAUGAUUGGGGUCAACAAAAUCAGGGACAUGGAAGUCGCAAUCAUAAUUGGGAUCGUAGAAGUCUUGAAAGAGGUGAUAGAUAUGAUCGCCAUGAUGGAAAACAUUAUGUUCAUUAUCAUAAUACGAAGCCAUAUUAAAGUCAACAUAUUACAUUUAUACUUUCUUAUCAUAUAUUUUGUACAUAUAUUAUACAUUAAUUAUAUCAUAGAUUGUAAAUUAAAUAUAAUGUUUGCUAAUGUCUGUAAUAAGAGUAAUAACACUUUAAAAUCAAUAGAGAAAUACAUAAUUUUUUGCUUAAUGCUUACAAGGUAUACAAUUGAGUGAAUUAUUAUUUUAAAAGGCAUAUAACAAUAAGAUACCCUAUGCAUAUAAAUUGACUUUUUAUUUUUGUUCAUACAUUUGCAAAUGCUUGAAACAUUAAUAAUGAGUAAUCUUCUAGAAUUUUCAA